UUGUCCUAAACUUUCCAAUUCUGACACAUUUACAUCUUUAAAUAAUCGCACUGCCCGCGAUAGUUCAAAGUCCAAAGAUUUGCAAAAAUAAGCGCGAGUUUACUGUUCGUCGUGUUUAAAGUCCGACAGAACCAGUUCAACCGCGUAUCCCUUCGAGUCAACUUAGUACGGAAUAAUUCAAAUUUCCCCAACAAUGAUCAACACCGGGAAAUUAGCUGGACGGACAGUCUUCAUUACCGGCGCUUCUCGGGGCAUUGGCAAGGCAAUUGCCCUGAAAGCUGCCCAAGAUGGAGCCAAUAUUGUCAUCGCGGCCAAAACGGCUGAGCCGCACCCCAAACUGCCUGGGACUAUCUACACCGCGGCCGAAGAGAUUGAAAAAGCCGGCGGGAAAGCACUGCCCUGCGUUGUUGAUGUUCGUGAUGAAGGUCAGGUCCGGAAUGCCGUGAAGAAUGCAGUUGAUAAGUUUGGAGGAAUCGAUAUUCUUAUCAACAAUGCGAGUGCAAUCUCCACAACCGGAACUUUGAACACCGAAAUGAAGCGAUACGAUCUGAUGCAUAAUAUCAACACACGAGGAACCUUUUUGGUAUCAAAAGAAUGCAUCCCUUACUUGCAGAAAAGCAACCACGCUCAUAUCAUGAACAUUUCGCCACCCCUCAACCUAAAUCCUCGCUGGUUUAAAGAUCACGUUGCCUACACAAUGGCUAAAUAUGGCAUGUCGAUGUGUGUCUUAGGAAUGGCCGCUGAAUUUAAAGACGACAAUAUUGCCGUGAAUGCACUAUGGCCUAGGACCGCCAUUCAGACAGCCGCUAUUGAAAUGCUCGUAGGCGGCGACAGUUCGAAAUAUUCACGAAAACCAGAAAUUAUGGCCGAUGCCGCCUAUGCAAUACUUUGUCGGGAACCCAGAAAUUGCACUGGUAAUUUCUUCGUCGAUGAAGAUGUUUUGGUCGAAGCUGGGGUAACAGAUCUCAAGCAGUAUGCGUGCGACCCAACUCAAGAGUCGUUAAUGGAUGAUUUCUUUUUGGACGAGCGGCCUGGAAAGAAAUUGGUUGGGCGAGAGGACGGUAGUCUAGGUGGCAGUGAGCCGAGUGGAUCCACUGGCAAAAUUCAAGGAUUAUUUACGAAAAUAGAAGGACUGCUCAGUGAAGAAUUAGUAAAUAAAACGAAAUCAAUAUAUCAAUUCAAUGUUUCGGGCGAAGAAACGGGCACCUGGUACUUGGAUUUGAAGAAUGGCACUGGAAAGUGUGGUCAAGGCAAACCAGCAUCAACCCCCGAUGCAACAUUAGCUAUGGAUUCAAAGAACUUCUAUAAUAUGUUCACAGGUAAAUUGAAGCCCGCAGCUGCCUUUAUGUCUGGAAAAUUGAAAAUCAAGGGGGAUCUUCAGAAGGCCAUGAAGCUUGAAAAGCUUAUGGGUGGUCUUAAAUCAAAAUUGUAAAACAAUUCUAGAUAAGCCGAAAGCAAUUGCUAAAACUCCACUUUUUAUUGCAAAGCAAUGUUUUGAAGGAUUUUCGGACUCAGUGCAUUAUUGUUAGGGAAAAAAUCAUAAUCACAAUUGAUAUAUUCUGUUUUCAAGAUUGCGGAAAUUUUUUUAUAAUAAAUGUAAGAAGAUAUUUGGAAAA